GUCUGCCCCCGCCGCGCCCCGCCUCCCUCACCCUCCACCUCGUGGGGAUUCCGCGCGGGACUCGCCGGGAAGUCUCAGUGGGGGAGGGCGAGCGCUGCCUGGCAGCGCUGAGAGGGCUUUGCGGGCGCUGCCCGGCAGAGCCUGGGGGUCGCGCCACGGGUGGAAUCCGGAAAGCCCCCGCCAGGCCUGGGCUUCCCCGCCGCCCCCGGGAUGACGCAGCCAACCCCUCCGGGGGCGGCCGCUAAGGGCCGGUGCCCGGCGCCCAGCGCGCACUCCUGCGAGCCGCGCCGCCACGCACCGACCUAUGGCACUGGCAGCGGAACGGGCGGGACGGGUGCUCCUGCCGGCCGCGCUGCUGGCGCUGGCGCUGAGCCCGGGGCCCGUGGCCGCGCUGCCGUGCGUAGCCGACUGCCCGGCGGGUACGUUCGUGGAGAGCGUGGGCUGCGGGCGGGGCGCGGGCGCGUCCUGCCGGCAGUGCCCGGCCGGCACCUUCUCCAGCGCGGCGGGACGCAGCUCCUGCAAACUCUGUCGGAAGUGCGAAGGAAUAUUCAGGUAUUUAAAAGCGUGUUCCUCACAAAGUGAUGCUGAAUGCACGUGCGAGGAUGGGUAUCGCUGCAGUGGCGAUGGCUGUACCCACUGCGACCGAAGCUGUGGCAUAGGCCAAGAGAGCACCAGCAACGGUUGCCAGACUUGCCAGUAUGGAACUUUUAAUGAUCAGCCCAAUGGUUCCUGUAAAAACUGGACAAAGUGCUCUGCAAACCAAGUCCUGGAGCCUGGAACUGCAGCAAAAGAUGUCAUUUGCAAACAUGCUUCAGUUAAUCCCACUUUAGUCACUACUCUACCUACCACAUCGCUUGCAAUUCCAUUUUCUAUCACCGUGCCAGGGAAGGAUCUCCAGACAGACAUUAUCAGGAUUCUUCUCACUGUAGCUGGGCUGUUGUGCAUAGUGUUCCUGCUACCGUGUAUAUGCUUCAGUGUCUGGCAGAAAAAGAAACUACAUGCUGUCUUCAAAAAAAUGCACACCACACCUGAACAAUCAAUUCAGGAAGAUGACACCUGCAGCUGCCGCUUUCCUGAGGAAGAACAAGGUGAAUAUCAGGACCGUGGCAAAUCCACAGAAUUCAGAGAUCUUUUGGUGAACUAGAAAUUGAACUGUCAAAGUCAACCACAUUUGAAUUUUCUUUUGGAAUACAGAACAAGAACCUGUUUAUGUAAAUAGAGAGGUUAUCAGAAUCUGUGAGUGUCAGAGUGCCAAAUAGCCCAGCCACUGACAAAAAAGUCCAUCUUUUCCAUCUCUUAAAAAAUAAGAAUAAAUAAAAAAUAUCUAAUUUGCUGACUUUCUUCCUCUAGGGCUAAGAAUCAUUCUAAGAAGUGGUUCUUGAUUUAUGUGUAGAAAGAAGUACAGCACUUAAAAGCUCUAAUGGAAGGGCAAAAUGGCUUUCUGGUCUCUCAUUAAUCGUGCUUGAGCCACAAUUUACCUGCAGUCCAAAAGUAUUUUAUGCUAAAAAGACAAUCUGUAGCACAUAGUAGAGGCACAGGUGACACGGUCUCUUACCAUUACCAGCCCUCCUCCUGAGUCUAGAGCUGAACUCCUCCCAAAAUUUGGCUCAAACCCAGCAGUCUCAGAGUUUGUGUGCAAAUACAGAUGGAGCUCAUUUCAGAUCCCAUCAGCCCUAGAAACAGAUCCCCUGCCUCACCACUGCACACCUUCUUAUAUGUCAGGGAGAGGAAGCCAUAAAAAUCUACAGCUGCAAAGUGUUCCAUAGCUUGCAUCUGCUGUUGUAUUACACUGAUUGGCUUAAGGGAGGCAGUGGAAACACUGAGAAGCUGUGGUUGACUUGAUCUUAGAAAUAGCUGUUACUGUGCAGCUGGACCGCACCACCUUCAGCCCUACAUCAUUCAGCUUUGAUCUUUUAGGUGAUGUAAACUUUACGUAUGUUGCAGCUGUAUAUGUGAUAACUUUCUGGUACUAUUUUUGUAACUGAGGUUGGAAAGAUUUUAACAUCAGAUGCUGUCUCUCUGAUAAAUUACUGUUACUUUGGUCUUAAGAAAAAAGAAAAUGCAUGUUUGAGUCAUGGCAUUUGCAACACCAUUUUCAACCUUUUACAAAACCCAAGUAUUUUAUUUCUUCAGUAAAUGUUAUUUAAAAAAUAGACUAAAAAGCCACCAAUAUGUCACGUAAAGGGUGUUUUCCUCUGUGUGAUUUCAGCAUAAGGGAACACUGUUCUUGCCUUUGAAGAAUGACAGCCCAUCUCUCCAUUCAGCACAAGAUUAUGAUAGCAGGUUAUUUUCACCAAACCACAUUCAUACAUUUUGAUAAAUUUGUGUACAAAUAAAUAUAAAACAGUGACUUUUAUAUAGUGAGAAAAUAAAUAUCAUACAAAGCCUGAACUGUGAAGUUACUUAAAUAAAUUCUUUUUAGCUCUAA